UUACAUUACUGUGACGUGAGGAAAUAAAAUAAAACAUCUCACCAGCUAGCUACAAACAAAGCUAGCUGCAAGUUGACGUUAAGUUUCUGUUAUGAUUAUUUGUUUUAAUAGAUUGGUAGAUAACUGUAGAUAAUCAUAAUAUAUAAAACGCAAACACUGUUACAUUGAAAAGAGGACAAAGCGUCGGGGGACAAUGUCGGGUUCCGUGGUCGAGUUCCAGGCGCAGAUAGCCUCAAUCAUGGAGGUGCUAGCCAACGCGGCUGUAACCGAAAUCUGCAAAGUUGUUGACGAUGGCUAUGCCGUUGUACACCUGAAAAUGUCCCAAAGCCACAAGGAGAACGAAUUUCUCCGGAGGAAAAUGAAAUUGAUGGAACUUCAGAUCACCAGAUUUCGAGCGGAGAGAACAAAGUUUUCAGAGGGGUCCGUCCACAAUCGCUUCCAUGGAAUACGCCUCCUAAACAGACACAACCAUCGAGAGAUUACAACAGGACCUACUUGGCAAAGCAGAAACAGACUUUCCAACAGGAGUUUUGGGAACAGCAGCAUUCAAAGAGACAGACAGCCCAUAGACGUGGACCAAGAGGAUGUCUCUCCAUCAAAGCAUAUGGAUGCUACAAGUGAUGAGCAGUCAGCAGAGACAGAGGAAGGGGAACCAGACCUGCUGAUCAUCAAGGAUGAGGGGGAAGCAGAUGACCAGGACUCUAGGAUCAGCCACCCAGCUAGAACAGUGGAGGGCAGCAGAGAGCUAACCACCCAACCGACUACAGACCCUGCCUUCCAGCCCAGAGGCAACAACAUCAACACAGCUAUGGAGCAGACAGAGGAAGGGGAACCAGACCUGCUGAUCAUCAAGGUGGAGGGAGAAGCAGAUGACCAGGACUCUAGGUUCAGCCACCCAGCUAGAACAGUGGAGGGCAGCAGAGAACUAACCACCCAACUGGCUGCAGCCACCACAGAGGACCCCGCCUUCCAGCUCAGUGGCCCCAGAGGCAACAACAACUACAACAACACCGCUAUGGAGCAGUCACCAGAGACAGAGGAAGGGGAACCAGACCUGCUGAUCAUCAAGGUGGAGGGAGAAGCAGAUGACCAUCACUCUAGGUCCAGCCACCCAGCUAGAACAGUGGAGGGCAGCAGAGCGCUAACCACCCAACUGGCUGCAGCCACCACAGAGGACCCUGCCAUCCAGUCCAGUGGCCCCAGAGGCAACAACAACUUCAACAACACUGCUAUGGAGGCCAAAUCUACUGUGGAAGGAGAGAGAGACCUCCAGCCAUGGAAGAAAGAAGAGGGUCUGAGGGAGAUGCCAGGCACUGAUAGUGGCCACAGAAUGACAGACCCAAACACACCGACCUCUCUACACACGGACCAAACAGAGCUCACUGAGCAGCUCAGAACCAAACACAGCAUAGUGACUGUCAACAGAUCAGACACUGUUUUCAAGUCAGACCCGGAGCCUGAGAGCCUGAGCCAGGUGCUCCAACUCACAGGUCCAGGACCUGUUGCUAAACAGCAGCGCAGCCUAAACCACGAGAGAACAACCGAUCUGCCUGUAAACUCCCAUAAGCGAAGAGGCAGUGAAACAGCGAAUGAUCGGCUGUCUUGUUCUAGUUAUGCUGCCGAGACGGUCUCAGGAAGCCCCUCGCCUCUCACAAAGCUGAACCCCAUUCCCCCACUUUCUCAGAUGGUGAGGAGUGAACACGAGUAUCCCCAGGUCGAUUCAGAAGUCAUGUCGGAGGUCAUAGUUAUCGACCCCCUUCCUGUUGACGAUGGGGAUGGCACGCCCUCGUCGUGGAGACAAGGUGACAUCAUGGAACACGGGCAUCAUCAAGGAGGACAUAGUGAAGCAGAUGCCAUGCUUCUUGGAGGACAUUCGAGUAACACUUAUCAUCAUCAUCCUCACCCAGGUGUCCAGCCAGCAGCGAGACAGAACUCUCCUGACAAUCACUUCUACACCAUCGGCAUGAACGGCGCUUUCAACAACCGCCUCGGCACCUUUCAGAACCCCGCAACCACCGCCACUCCAUACGCCACGGGAACCGAGGAGCUGCAGUACCCCACCUGGGUGGAUUUCCCUGGGAGCGCCCCUGACACCCACCUGGGCGACGUGACUGGGACUCAUCAGGACAGAGGGUCUAGGGAGGAGGGGGCGAGGUCCUACAGGUGCACCUUCUGUGACAGGGAGUACCCUCACCUGUGCCAGCUUAAGAUGCACCAGAGGGUCCACACGGGGGAGAAACCGUACGAGUGCUCCCUGUGUGCGAAGCAGUUCAGCCAGUUGUGCAGCCUGAAGCGGCACCAGAGAGUACACACAGGGGAGAAACCUUUCAGAUGCGCUCAAUGUGGGAAACAGUUCUCUCAUUCCAGCAAUUUAAAAGUGCAUCAGAGCGUCCAUACGGGUGAGAAACUGUUCCACUGCACCCAGUGUGGGAAGAACUUUUCCUUUCUGAGCAAUCUGAUAAGACACCAGACAGUUCACACACGGAAAUUAUAGGUUGUGUUGUGAUUUGGGAUUGUGUUUUCUGAAUUGCUUGUAAAUUGUAUGUGUAUGAUUGCUCUGGCUUAAAGGUUGUUUUCGGUUUAUUUCUCCCCUGACUGUUAUUUUGUAUUCUGGAGCCUUUUGUAAAAAAAAAUAUAAAAAGAAUUGACACUAAA